AUGGACUUAUUCUUCAUUUUGGCAUUUGACCCUAGGAGCCAAUUUCCUUUCUUUAGCAACUUCUCUUCACGGCAUUUACUGAGACAGCAUCCCUAUCUAUCCUGUCGAUCUGUUAAGCUCAAAUGCAUAUCAUGUCUUUUAGAGCCUUUCACUAAUGUAGGAAAAAUAUUUACACUGUAUAAGAAGCAAACACCACUCUCCUUGUUGUCGCAUUCUUUCCACUCAUUAUCUAUCUAUCUAUCUAUCUAUCUAUCUAUCUAUCUAUCUAUCUAUAUGUCUAUUGUAAUCUUAAUCUUUAUCUUGUUAUCGUUCUAUCUUAAUCUGAAUCUAUCUAUCUAUCUAUCUAUCUAUCUAUCUAUUGUAAUCUUAAUCUUUAUCUUGCUAUCAUUCUAUCUUAAUCUGAAUCUAUCUAUCUAUCUAUCUAUCUAUCUAUCUAUCUAUCUAUAUGUCUAUUGUAAUCUUAACCUUUAUCUUGCUAUCGUUCUAUCUGAAUCUAUCUAUCUAUCUAUCUAUCUAUCUAUCUAUCUAUCUAUCUAUCUAUCUAUCUAUCUAUAUGUCUAUUGUAAUCUUCACCAUUAUCUUGCAAUCUAUCUAUCUAUCUAUCUAUCUAUCUAUCUAUCUAUCUAUCUAUCUGUUUCUUUUGAUUUCUUUCUUUUUCCUUUCUAUAUUACAAUCUCCUCUUCAUCUUUCUUUCUUUCUUUCUUUCUUUCUUUCUUUUUUUUUCCUUUCUAUAUUACAAUCUCCUCUUCAUCUUUCUUUCUUUCUUUCUUUCUUUCUUUCUUUCUUUUUUUUCCUUUCUAUAUUACAAUCUUUCUUUCUUUCUUCUUCUUUCUUUCUUUUUCUUUCUUUCUUUCUUUCUUUUCUUUUCUUUCUUUUUUUCCUUUCUAUAUUACAAUCUCCUCUUCAUCUUUCUUUCUUUCUUUCUUUCUUUCUUUCUUUCUUUCUUUCUUUCUUUAA